UGAAUUACCAAACAACAUGCUACCCGUUUUGGAAUAUGAGACCACAUUUGAGGUGGAAGCCUUGAACGAGGUGGAUCAUCAAGAGGAGAAGGGGGUUUUCAUAACAUGGGAGGAUCUAUGGGUGACAGUCUCAGAUGGCAAGAAUGGAAGGAAAGCAAUACUUCAGGGCCUAAAAGGUUAUGCCAAACCAGGGCAACUCUUGGCUAUAAUGGGUCCUUCUGGUUGUGGAAAGUCUACUCUUCUUGAUGCCUUAGCAGGGAGAUUAGGUUCAAAGUCAAAGCAGACUGGGAUGAUCCUAAUCAAUGGCCGCAAACAAGCACUGGCAUAUGGAACAUCUGCAUAUGUCACAGAAGAUGAUACUAUCUUGACAACACUGACAGUUGGAGAAGCUGUAUACUACUCAGCCCAGCUCCAAUUACCAGAUUCCAUGUCCAAAUCAGAGAAGAAGGAGAGAGCAGAGUUCACAAUAAGAGAAAUGGGCCUGCAAGAUGCCAUCAACACAAGAAUUGGAGGGUGGGGAUCUAAGGGAAUUAGUGGUGGACAAAAGAGGAGAGUUAGCAUUUGCAUUGAGAUCUUAACACAUCCAAGACUCUUGUUUCUUGAUGAACCAACAAGUGGACUUGAUAGUGCAGCCUCUUAUUAUGUUAUGAGUAGAAUUGCAAGCUUAAAUAAAAAAAAUGGAAUUCAAAUGACUAUUAUUGCAUCAAUCCAUCAACCAAGUAAUGAAAUCUUUCAGCUUUUCAACAAUCUCUGUCUCCUCUCUUCUGGUAAAACAGUCUACUUCGGACCUGUCUCAGCUGCCAAUAAGUUUUUCUCAUCAAAUGGUUUUCCUUGCCCAAGUCUCCAGAAUCCUCCUGAUCACUUUGUAAAAAUUAUUAACAAGGAUUUUGAACAGGAGGAGGAUCCUGAGAAAGGAUUAGCUAGAGGGCUAACCACAGAAGAAGCAAUUCAUAUACUUGUUGAAUCAUAUGAUUCAUCUGAAAUUAGUCACCAAGUUCAUAAAGAAAUAGCUCAAAUGAAUAAAAGGGACUCAGAUGCAAUGGAGAAGAAAAGUCAUGCUGAUUUUUUAACACAGUGCAUGGUCCUUACUAGGAGAUCUUUUGUGAACAUGUAUCGUGAAGUAGGCUACCACUGGUUGCGCCUACUUAUCUAUGGUGCUCUGGCUUUAAGUCUUGGUACCAUGUUUUUUGACAUUGGCUCAAGCAGUGAAUCAAUUCAGGCCAGAGCUUCACUGCUUGUGUUUGUUGUUACAUUCCUUACCUUCAUUACUGUUGGUGCAUUCCCUUCUUUUGUGGAAGAUAUGAAGGUGUUUGAAAGAGAAAGACUGAAUGGACAUUAUGGGGUAACUGCAUACACCAUUGGCAACACAUUAUCUUCAGUUCCAUUCUUGCUAUUGAUGUCACUCAUCCCUGGAGCAGUGGUUUAUUACUUGGUUGGACUUCACCAAGGACACCAAGAAUUCAUCUACUUUACAUCUGUACUCUUUGUUUCUGUCUUUUUGGUUGAGGGUCUCAUGAUGAUUGUUGCAAGCAUUGUCCCCAAUUUCCUGCUAGGCAUAAUCUUCGGCACCGGAAUAUUGGGAGUGAUGAUGUUGGAUGGUGGAUUCUAUAGGCUUCCAAGCGAUAUCCCUAAACCGUUUUGGAGAUACCCUUUGCAUUACAUUUCAUUCCACAAGUAUGCAUACCAAGGAUUGUUCAAGAACGAGUUUCAAGGCCUAACAUUCACCGGCAAUAAUCAAGAUGGAGGAGAUAUGAUAAACAUUAGUGGGGAAGAGAUACUUAGAAACUUGUGGCAAGUGGAAAUUGGUUACUCAAAAUGGAAUGAUGUUGCUAUAUUGAUAGGAAUGGCAGUGACAUACAGAUUGUUGUUCUUGGUGAUCAUCAAGAGCUUUGAGAAAGUGAAGCCUAUUACUGUGACAGCAAUGAAUAAUUGCCCGCAAGCAAAGUUCAGGUUCACUAAGGUGACUAGACUAGGAGCAAUGGCAUGAUUCAUUUGCUUGCUUGCCUUGCAGAACCAUAAUAAUAUAUAAUAUAAUCAUAUAUUUGCUUAGUAUAUUAAUGUGUGA